AUGAAACUUUACUCGAUGGUUCUAAGUUUUAUGUUGAUUGUUCCUGCCUUGACAUCCUGCAAAAGUGUUCAAAAUUCGACAGAAAAUCAAGAUUUCUCGGACAUCCCAAAAGUUCUACAUGACAUAACAGACGAGUUCCUACUUAACAGACAUGAUCAGCUCAACAUUUUCAUAUUCAACUCGAAGUUGCAAGUUCUGCACGACAUUGCCAAUAACUUUAUGGCUCAACUCAACGAGACAUUUCAGCUGCAAUUUUCGACAUUUCAAAGUCUUCGUGUACAGAACGUUAUAAAUCUUAUGUUCCCAACAUUCCUGUUUAUUGACGAUAUCUUCAUGUUUGAGCACAUUGAGCUAGCUUUUGAUGUUGUUAAUUUCCAAAAUCGACCAAUUAAGCACUUUGUCUUUAUUGCCAACUUCACAUUUAAUCAAUUAGCAUCUUCAGAGAUUUUUAAUUACUUUAAGAGACUUUUGGUCAUUGGCAGUGGAGUCUUUACCUUUACAUACUUCAUUACAGAUGAGAUUGAGUCAGUGACAUUGUCGACAGUCGAAUGGUUUAGUCCACAAGCAUGUCAUCGUCCACAGCUGCAUAAAUUAAACACAUUUGAUAAAAAUUCACAAAAAUGGAACUCAAAACUUGAAGAUUAUGAAAAAUUUGAGGAUUUUCAUAGCUGUGAACUUGUCAUGAUGCUGCCAGUUCCACUUAUUGAUAGUUUUGUGUAUCAUUCAUCGGGAUUCGCGAUUGUAAAUGAUGACGAAACAGAUUUUGAAGUUAAAGGAAUAUCGCCAGUGAUUUUUGACAUAGCAGGAGAACAUUAUGGAUUCAGACCUGCAUAUCAGCCUGUUGAAAUAGGUCCAUACUGGUUGAUUAACUUAAAUGGUGAUGAAUCAGCUGAACCAAUACCAAUUAAUUACAAAAUCAAAGUUCCGGAUGUUUACUUUGAAAUAUUCCAACUAUCUGAAAUGCAUGGUCGAUUAUGGACAUCAAGCACUGUCACAAACUUGAAUGUUUGCAUGUUCGUGACACCCGGUGAAGUUUACACACAAUAUGAGAAGUUCAUCCUUCCAUUUGACAUUCAGACAUGGAUUUUGUUACUUGUGACAUUUCUGGUCACUUUUCUGACAAUUUUGAUCAUCAAUCAGCUAUCGAAAUCUACUCAAAGUAUGGUUUAUGGCGAUAAAGUUGCAACACCAAUCUGGAAUGUCAUUCGAAUCUUUUUCGGAAUCUCACAGACAAAAUUGCCAAACAAGAAAUUCUCGCGGUUUAUUUUAAUGAUUUUCAUUUAUUUCUGCUUAGUUUUUCGGACAUGCUUUCAGAGUAAGUUCUUUGAGUUUAUGACAACUGCGCCUAGACAUCCGUCACCAAAGACACUGGAGGAUCUGAGGGAAAGAAGCUAUCAGAUGUAUACAUUGAAGGCCACCAAUGAUAUGUUCCUGUAUGAUAAUAAGCUGAAUUCGUGGAAAGAAGCGAGAGUUGCAAGACCAGAAGGCUUUCAUAAAGUUUUACUGUCUCAAUCACAAAAUGCAUCAGCUAAACUUGCCCUUACAAUUGAUGAAUAUUAUGUCAAUGCCGUCAGCUUAGAGUUAAUGAAAAAUAAUCAAAAAUGGAACAAACUUGAGGAUCUGGAACUGUUUACAAGCCAAGAUGUUUUCUAUUUCUAUGGUGCUGCUUACUACACUCGAAUGUUGGUUAAGGUAAUCGAGAGCUUAAUUCCAACUGGAAUUAUGAAUCACUUGAUUGAAAAAUAUUACACAAAAAAAUGGAAAUUCCCAAAAAUUGAAAAGGAACCGAAAGUUUUGACACUUGAUGAUCUUGCAUUUGGAUUCAACAUUUGGCUUGGAUGCUGCCUUUUGUCACUUGUUGGACAUGUUGCUGAACAUUUUGUGAGAUUUGUCAGAAAACCUAAAAAGCUGAAAUUCGCUAAAGUUCAUCCAAUCAAUGAUGAAGACGAUGUUGAUGAUAUUUCAAUGCCAGAAUUACUGAUGACAUUCAAAAUUAAUACAAGCUCAAGUGAGGAUGUAGAAGAGGUUGCAUUUGGCGAGAGAAUUAUUUGUAUAAAAUCAGAAUCAAAUGAGCUCGAAGAUGAAAUGUUGAAUUUUUUGUCAGUUGUUGUUGGACGUGACAUUUCCAAUAGCUUCAUGUCUAAACUUAACGAAUCAUUUGAUUAUUCCUUUCGAGCUAUUGUCAAUUAUAAUGUUGAAUUUUCAUUUGCUAUAAUUUACCCAAUAUUUAUGUUUAUUGAUGACAUACUCACAUUAACAUAUAUUGAGGAAACCUUUGACAUCACACACAACCAAAAUCAGCCAAUUAAGCAUUUUAUAUUCAUAUCCAGCCUUACUUACGACCAACUCAAUUCAUCGAAGAUUUUUGAUUAUUAUCAGCGAUUGCCAGUCGUUGGAGGUGGAUUUUUUGUAUUUGCAUACUUUAUUACUAAUGAGAUUGAGACUGUGACAUUGUCAACAGUUGAGUGGUUUAGUCCACAAGCUUGUCAUCGUCCACAGCUGCACAAAUUGAAUACAUUUGAUAAAAAGUCACAAAAAUGGAACUCAAAACUUGAAGAUUAUGUGAAAUUUGAGAAUUAUCAUAACUGUGACUUGGUCAUGAUGCUGCCAACACCACUUCCUGAUCAUGUUGUAUAUCAUCCAUCAGGAUAUGCAUUUUCAAAUGAUGAUGACACAGAUUUUAAUAUUAAUGGAAUCACACCAGUCAUUUUCGUGAUAGCUGGAACGUAUUAUGGAUUUAGACCAGAUUUUCAGCCUGUUAAUAUGUUUCCAGAUUGGCUGACUGAUUUAGAAGAUGAGAAAGUUGUCUCAGUACCAAUUAAUCAUAAUGUCAAAAAACCUGAAGUUUAUUUUGAAUUAAAAACAUUAGAUUUAAAGAAUGUCCGAUUACAGACAACAUCGGUUGUGCUUAAUUUAAAGUUUGACAUUUUUAUUACACCCGGUGAGAAGUACACACAAUAUGAGAAGUUCAUCCUUCCAUUUGAUAUUCAGACAUGGAUUUUGUUACUUGUGACAUUUCUGGUCACUUUUCUGACAAUUUUAAUCAUCAAUCAGCUUUCAAAAUCUACACAGAGUAUGGUUUAUGGCGAUAAGGUUGCAACACCAAUCUGGAAUGUCAUUCGAAUCUUUUUUGGAAUCUCACAGACAAAAUUGCCAAAUAAGAAGUUCUCGCGUUUUAUUUUAAUGAUUUUCAUUUAUUUUUGCUUAGUUUUUCGGACAUGCUUUCAGAGUAAGUUCUUUGAGUUUAUGACAAGCGAGCCUAGACAUCCAGCACCAAGAACUCUUCAAGACCUGAGGGAUAGAAACUAUCAGAUGCAUUCAUUGGAAGCAGCUCAAAACUUUUUCCAUUAUGAUGGGAAACUUAAUAAUUGGAAAGAUGUGAAAAUUGCCAAUCCAAUUAGAUUUCAUUAUACAUUAAUAACUCAAUCACAAAAUGCAUCAGCCAAACUCGCCUUAAUAGCUGAUGAAUUUAAUGUGAAUUCUUACAAUACGGAAUUCAUCAAAAGAAACUCAAAAUGGAACAAGCUUAAAGACUUUGAUCUACUAACAACUCAAAAUACUUUUUAUUUUUAUGGUGCUGCUCAUUAUACUCGAAUAUUGGUUAAUGUUAUCGAGAGCUUGAUUCCAACUGGAAUUAUGAACUUUUUGAUUGAAAAAUAUUACACAAAAAAAUGGAAAUUCCCGAAAAUUGAAAAGGAACCAAAAGUUUUGACACUUGAUGAUCUUGCGUUUGGAUUUAAUAUUUGGCUUGGAUGUUGUCUUUUGUCUCUUGUUGGACAUGUUGCUGAACAUUUUGUGAGAUUUGUGACGAAACCUAAAAAGCUGAAAUUCGCUAAAGUUCAUCCAAUCAAUGUCGAAGACGAUGUAACUGAAGUUCAUCACAUUUUGAAAGCAGAGAUCCUAAUAAGAUUUAGAAUCAAGACAUCCACAAAAGAGGAUCUAGAGGAAAUAGCAUUUGGCGAGAAAAGGUUGUUGACGUGCCCAACAGAUGACAUUAUAUGUAUCACAACAUCUAGUACCUAA